CCAUCUUGUUUUAUUGGAAAUUUGGACUGGAAGGUGUCGGAGCGGUGGGGUGUCUUUCCAGUAUUCCACUGAGAAUAAUCUGAUAUAUUAUCAUGUCUGACUUUAGUGCGCGUCCGUAGAAAAAAGUAAUGGAAUAAUCCCCGUAGCGCGUCUGCGAGUGUGCAAUUCACACCUUUAUUUUAGAUAUAUUUCUGUGUGGGGGCUACUAUGAUGAAUGGAGGAUAAAUGUUGCCGAAGCCCGACUGCAGCGGUGUCGCCCUCCUGUCUUUCCUCUGCGCGCUGACUGUAUCGGACCCGCCGCGGUCAGAGCUGCGCUGUGGCACUGACCAGUUCCUGUGCCGCAGUGGGAAGCUGCAGUGCAUCCCCGUGUCCUGGAGAUGCGAUGGCUGGGCCGCCUGCGAAGACCGGAGCGACGAGCUGGACUGUCCUCCCACCCGUGAGGAGAGAUUCCGCUACGGCAACGGCUUCGACCCGCUGGAGGACGUGGUGGGCGUGGCCCAGCCCGUGCGCUUCAACAAGAAGUGUCCCACUGGUUGGCACCACUAUGAACGGACAGCCAGCUGCUACAGGGUGUACCUGAAGAACGAGAACUACUGGCAGGCGGUGGAGACGUGCCAGAGGGUCAACGGCUCCCUGGCCACCUUUGUCACCGACGAGGAGCUGCAGUUCAUCCUGAGGAUCGAGGUCGACUUCGACGAGAAAGUGUGCGAGCGCAGAGACCAGUGCAAGUUCUGGGUGGGCUACCAAUACGUCGUCACGAACCAGAACCAUUCCCUGGAGGGACAUUGGGAAGUGGCUUACAAAGGGUCCAUGCAGGUUUUUCUGCCACCGGAGGGCCUGACAACCAUCGGAGAGGGCAAGCUCACCAAGGACAGCAUCUUCUGCGCCCAGCUGCAGCGUUUCCAGAUCAAGACCAUGAACGAGAGGGGUCUUCACAGCUGGCAUGCUGAGGACUGCUACAAGAAAUUCCCCUUCCUCUGCAAGAGGAGACAGACCUGUGUGGACAUCAAGGACAACGUGGUGGGAGAGGGUUACUACUUCACGCCCAAGGGGGACGACCCGUGCCUGAGCUGCACGUGCCACGACGGUGAGCCGGAGAUGUGCGUGGCGGCGCUGUGCGAGCGACCGGCGGGGUGCCAGCACCUCCUCAGGGACCCGCGGGAGUGCUGCAAGUUCACCUGCCUGGACACGGACGGCAGCAGCCUCUUUGACUCCAUGGCCAGUGGCAUGCGCCUGAUUGUCAGCUGCAUCUCGUCCUUCCUCAUCCUCUCCCUGCUGCUCUUUAUGGUGCAUCGCCUGAGGCAGCGGAGACGCCAGCGCAUCGAGACGCUCGUCGGCGGCAACCUCCAUCAUUUCAACCUGGGUCGUCGAGUCCCCGGGUUCGAUUACGGCCCCGACGUCUUCGGCACCGGUCUGACACCCUUGCACCUGUCUGACGACGGAGAGGGGGGCGCCUUUCACUUCCAGGAGCCCCCACCUCCCUAUGCGGCAUAUAAGUACCCUGACAUCCAGCACCCUGACGACCCCCCGCCCUCAUAUGAGGACUCCAUCAACCCGGACACCCUCCUCUACAUAGACUUGGGAAGGAGUGCCAUAGCACCCCCUACUGGCGACCCGCCUGACAUGCAAGCCGCUAGUCCCCAAUCUGGGGCUCUGGAGGAGAGCCUGGCGCCGGCACGGUCCCGAGGAGGGCGGGAGGAUUCUGUGGACAGCAGCACGCUAUUGGUGGUGCCGGACACACCCACUGAUGAUUUCCCACCCCCCAUCAGCUCCACCGUGUAGAUGAGAGAGAGAGAGAGAGAGAGAGAGAACUGUCUGGCAUUUGAAUUGGAGAAGAAUUGAUUGGGACAACUUUUUACAGAAAGGGAUCUCAAAACGCUGAGUCCACGUCUUAUUCUCUGCUAAGAAAGAUCAUGCUUCUGAUGCGUGACCCGAGGGGUGGCUUGGCUAGCCGAAGACCCACAUUGCACCAGAUGUCUCUCGGGAGGAAAGUGCGCCGAGCAAUAUGGCCGAACUGAAAAACGGCAUGUGGACAGACAGCCUGGACCCGUCCAGCAGAGGAGUUGGCUGCCUGACAGCUGUCACGCCUUCCAGAUGGGUCGUUCCCAAUUUUACAUGGAUUACUGUUGGGAGGGGCCCCCACACAGGAGUUUGUCUCCAGCAGUACUUUUGGGAACGUUAAAUAGAGGCCCUUCUAGCCCAAGCUAAGAAAUGCCGACGCUGUUCUCCUCAUCUUCAGUGCUGCCAGAUUUUCGAUGUUCUGGCCCUCUUGUCACUCGAGGUGACACUGGUGUUGAACUGGUUGUCCGUGCUUCUGGGAUGGUGCUGGAUGAGUGACAGCAUACAGAUCCAAUAGCGUGUCUCUCUGUUCUUCUUAGCUAUAGCUUAUUCUUCGUAGGUGUCAAUCCAGAGAGGGGACUUCAAUUAAAAAUAACCCAGAACGAUGGAGAGAUAUAAAACAGGAUUAUUUGCAUCCUCAAGACUUUUAUAUCCUCUGUAUAGCUACCAUUUCUGGAAUUUUUUUAAAUAGACUUUAUAACAUCUAUACAAAAACCAUUCAUAAAGUAGUGUUCCUCAGUCUUUGCUGGCCUCUUGCUUUAUAUUUCACAUUUUCCAAGAGGGACAGGGCAGAGUGUGUGAAUGUGAUAAUGGUGAACAUUUAAUGGUUUUUCCAAUGAAUUUUCUGAAGUGGUAUUGCUCGGGGGGGGAGGUAUUAAACUGAAAGGUAAUAUGAAAUGGAACAUGGGUACUGUCAUAUGGUACCAGGUGUUGCUCAUUUGUGUGUGUGUGUGUGAGAGAGAGAGAGAGAGAGAGAGAAUAUUAUGCUGUUUCAAGUCUAAACUAGCUAAUUCUCUGCACCUCCUGUGUCCCGCUGGUUGUGUGGAGCAAGGGGAGCCCAGGAGCAGGGAGAUUGCCUCAAUUUAAUUUCUGUAGCUUCUCCAGUAGUUGUGAAAUUGCACGAUGGUCAUCCUGACAUUGUCCCUGCGCUUUCUUUCCCAAAACUCGAUCAAUCUUGCGUGGUCGGCGCUUCCGGAAUGUGGAUCCGACUACAGCCACGGACCGAUUUUGGAAAGCCGUACCCAGGGCAGCCCUGUUGCCUUUCUCGAAUAACCGAGCACUUUAAAGGUCGCGGGGCAAUGGAGAGACGUGAGAAGCAGUCCCCUCCCGCCCUCUGGUGUCGAGUCAUGGUUCAGCUGAUACGCCUUGGGGCUUGGGCACUGACAGAUCUGCGUCAGUUUGUUUGUGGGGCUCUCUCUGUACAAGAAUGACAUUGAAAGCACAACAUGAUCAUUUGUGUCAUUUAUUGAACCUGUCCGCCUUUUCCUUUUGUUGGGCGUAGUGUGUUAGUCAGCGUUGACAAUCUUAUGCGGAGCAUCGUUUUUACUGUUUUACGGAACCUUUUUAAAAAGACAUUUAAGCGCUUUAAUAAAACGAUUCCUCCUUCGCUGAGAUCAGUUGGGUUCUCGACGUGCCAGCAACCGAGGAGUGCGUCGAGUGCGUCGGACGCGCUUUUGCGGCGCUGGGUUCUUGUCUUUUGAUUACCUGACAUUCUGGUUCUGUCAUUUGGCCCUGCUGAGUGAUUUGAAAGCAUCUUGUCCCUGACAAACACAGGCUUUGGUUUUUGUUUUGGUAACGCCUACCAUAGUUCGUCUAGUACUUUUGUUUAUAGUUUACAAAAAACAAACAAAAAAAACACUGGUGGUAGAAAUCUUUGUCCAAGAGACGCCUGUAGGAUUAUACAUUUUAUAAUGUUAUUCUGCACAUUUGAAAUCCCCCCCCCCUCCCCCCCCCAGCAUCAUGUUUUCACAUUAAGAAUCAGCUGUACAUGUAAUCAAAUGCCAAAUAAAUUACACCAUGAAGGACAA